AACUGCAGAGGUCCCCAGCACUCCGCACACACACCUUCGCCACUCUGCGUGCGUGUUUGUUUUUUUUUUUAAAAAAACGACAUCGAAUGGGAGAAGGAAGCUGGAGCCCGAAUCAAGGGAGGACGUAGAAACGCAUCAUUCGUCUAGGGAAACUUUUAAUUCUUAGGUUAUUCUGAUGGGAACUACGAGCAAAAGGACGUUUCUGAAUUACCACAAGGGCGUUCAGCUGUUCUAGAGAUGCUGUUCUCGUGGACUCUAUCAGUGAGAUCGUUCAGUCUACAGUCGAAGUCUCAAAAACUGAGACAUAAUUUUAAUGACCCGUGCUCGUUUUGAUGGUGCGAGGAGGCAUUUUUAUAGGAUUCUCCGUCCAUGCAGGACUCGUGAUGGCUCCAACCUUUCGUUCGCUGCUUUUAGCAGUGUUGGGUGUUUUGCGUGUGAGUGGGCAAACAGAGAUGAAGCGAGUGGUAGGUGACAACGCCACAUUGCCCUGCCACCACCAGCUCUGGCAGGCAGACACGUCUCUGCUGGACAUCGAGUGGCUGCUAGUCAAACCAAACACCAAACAGAAAGUGGUGAUCACAUACUUUGCGGGGCGAAUCUACGACCCCAACGAGGGUGAGCCAUCCCGGCUCUCUUUGGCUGGCGACUACCUAAAGGGGGAUGCUUCACUGAUGAUCAGCGACCUCUCACUUGGCGACUCAGGGGAGUACAGCUGCAAGGUCAAGAAUGGGGGCAAGUACCACUGGAACACGGUCAACCUCAUAGUGCUGGUUAAGCCGUCAAAGCCUCGCUGCUGGAUGGAGGGCCGCCUACUGGAGGGCAGUGACGUGAAAAUGAGCUGCAAGUCUACGGACGGUUCUGACCCCAUCCACUAUAAAUGGGAGCGUGUCCUGGAUAAGGGCAAAUACAUGGGGAAACUGCCUCCCUUGGCUCUGCUGGAUCUGAAGAACCCGGAGAUUGUGACGCUGAGGAACCUGACCAGAGAGAGCGCGGGAAUGUAUAAAUGCACAGCCAGCAACGAUGUGGGGGAGGAGAGCUGCACCGUGGAGGUCAAAAUCCACUAUGUGCGGGGAAUGGGCGUGGUGGCUGGUGCCGUGGUGGGCGUGUCGUUUGGAGUCUUCCUCAUCAUCCUAAUCGUGUGGCUUGUCUUCCGGAAGAAGGAGAAGAAGAAGUAUGAAGAGGAGGAGACGCCCAAUGAGAUCAGAGAGGAUGCAGAGGCUCCUAAGGCCAAGCUGGUAAAACCCAACUCUCUCUCCUCCUCUCGCUCUGGUAGCUCCCGCUCAGGAGCCUCCUCCACCCAGUCCAUGGUGCACAACAGCGUCCCCCGUGGGCCCAAGCCACGCCCACCCCCUGCAGCAGAUCAGAAGGAGAAUGGCCAGCCAGCCUGCCUCCCCUUGGCCCCUCCUACCUACACCCAGGUAGCCCCGAGACUCCCAGAGGUCCACAGCAGCCCCAAACCCAGCCCAGCCAAACUCAGCCCGGGUAACCUGGCCAGAAUGGGGGCCACCCCAGUGAUGAUCCCCGCCCAAACCAAGGCCUUCCAGACUGUUUAGACACACACACACACACACACACACACACACACACAAACACACACACACACACACACACACACUGCAGUCAGCCAAGGCAAUCCUAUUCAGAUUCAGUGAAACUCAGAACAACACGCGCUAUCAAAAGAAAUAAAGACAGAGUUCACCCGAAGCCUCCCUAAUGGCUGUGUCAUUGAAGCACUACCAGUGGGAAAUAAGAAAGUGAUUGUUCAUUUGAUGCGCACAGUAAAGUAAAGCACCGUGGGCCCUCCUCGUUCCUACUCAUACGCACCGCUUGUUUGCGGGUUUUUUCCUCUGAGCGUUCGCAGCAGCAUCGCUGCCCUGUGCGGUCAAGUGGAGCAUUUUGCUCGUCGAGCAUGUUUGUUUUUUAUGUGGCGAGGCGAGACUGAGCAGACUGUGUCGGUGCCCAGAGAGCCGUACCGUGUGCCUGGCCUAGCUUGCACGGUGGCGAUACACCGGUUCUACAGCUUUUUCGAAGAUGUUUAAGGAGGAAAAAUUCAUGAAACUCAUUCCAACUCACCUGCUUCUCUGCUCCCACUACACUCCAGAACUGGCCUUUUCCACCCUGUCCAAUCAGCUUCAGCUUAGCCUGACUCCCUGAAGCCAAUGACAGGCCUCGGUUCGCUCCAGAACGUCAAGCUGAAAGAAUGGUAGAAAUCCUGUAGAAAUGUUUCCGUUUAUACCGCAACAAACAACAUGUUAGUCUUGGAGAUAAAGUGUGUUACUCCCUUUCAAGGCUUAGGUCUUGACUGAAUAUACCUCCCUGUUAGGAACGUCAGUAUUUUGUGCCCUGUAUAAUAUAUGUAUGUCUUCAGGGUUAAUUGAUUUCAGUUCGGGGAGCCACUUUUUUUAGUUUUUAAAAUAAAGCCCCAAUUAACUUAAAAAUUGCAUUAGAUGGGCUAAGGGGAGUUCUGGAUUUUUACCUAAUGCAUCUUAUCAAAUCUUGUUUUAAUAAUAAAUCUGAAGGAAAUAACAUUCUUAGCAAUAUGUUGAUCAUAUAUAAUUGGCUUUUAAAAAAUUAUAUUUUAGUGAUUUUAACCAUUUGUUUGCCUAAUAUUUGUUUAUUUUUUACAUAUUAAGAUUUUUUUUUAAAUUCUUAAAAGCAGUAGAGAUACUAUAACAGUUCUUUUACAUGUGCUAAGAAAAUUGGCUUUAAUUAUUAUGUUUCAUUACUCAUGAUACUUAUUUCUUGUUGAUUAGAUUAGUUCUUUUAUAAUACACUCAUAUCAUGUAUGGGUUAUUUAUGAAUCUGAAAAAAAAAUGUUCAGAUUGAAAUGCUUUUUUGUAGUAAUAGCAUAGUAUCAUAUACCUGCCUGGUUACUCUUCAGUUUCUGUAACUCAAGAGAAUGUCUGGAAGGAUGCUUUAAUAUGAAGCCAGUGCUGGUGCCAUUUAAAGUGUUUCUGUCCUUAACUAUGACCUAAAUGGGUUGUAAUUUUAACACAGGUCAUCUCUGAUCUUGUACUGUUGUGAAUCUAUGUCGGUUGCUUCACUCGGAUUACCAUAUUUUACGAUGAAAGUCAAUGUUCCACUUUUUAUAGUUUUUUGUAUCUGCAUUCUUGUCUUUUGUGUGUGUGUGUGAUAGACCCGGUUAUAGGAAGCCACUUUAAGAUGCUCUGAUUUAAUAAACCCAGGCAGCCGUUACUUCAUACUCCACACCUACACAUUUGUUGGAUGAAAUAAGUUUGAAAUGGGGCCAAUAUUGAGAGUUACUGCUCUUGCAAGCUCCUAAAGGAUGUUUGUGUCCCUGUGGCUCUCUACAAGUGUACCCCUCCUUGGUUUGAGCUGUUCUUUGAGCUCUUGAUCAGAAACACUCGAAGCAAAACAGAUGUCUGGAGCUGAAGUCUGACGUCCCUCAAAGCCUUGAAAUUGUCCAUCAGACUCUAAGUGUGAGGGUGAUUGAAUACGACACUUCAGACUGUUUGAUCCAUUUUUGAUUGGCCAGGUUUUCCUUUGUCCUGUGGCUCAGUCAGUUCCCUUGGAAGAAUUUCCACUAAAUCUCUUAUCAGUUUCUGGAAUCAUGUGUGACAGAGAACAUCCUACCAGCCAGGGUGAUUCAGAUAUAAGCAUCUGCUCAAAUGUCAAGUUAUUUUAAUAACUUUUUUUAAAAAUAUGUACAAGCCACUUCAGCGCGAACUGAAUUUGAUCCCCAUGUUAAAUACCAUGCAUAUGACACAACAAUGACGAACGUGCAUCUGUGCAUUAGAAGCAAUGGAACUGCAUGUUACAAAUAUUUCUAAAGGGAAAGAUUAGUUUGUUUUGCCUCAGUGGUAAUAUAUUAUAUAUGAAGAAAUUAUGUAAAAAAAAUUGGCUACAUUGUUAUUGUGCACAAGGGAAAGUUUUACAUUUUAUGUUACAUUGAACUUUAUUGGAUGUUGAUUGAUAAUUCUGUUCAAGAACUUUGCACUUUCCAAUCUGUGUUUUUGUGCACUUUUGAUGCAUUUUGGUUAAACUAUUUUAAGGUUGCAGUAUAAGAAAUUAAUACAGAAAGCGUGAGAAAUCUGCUCCCCCCUCCCCGUGCCGUCUCAAACGUCACUGACUUGCUUUAAUCACUCACAGGCCCACCACAUGUAUAUAUCAUAACUCAUUUAAAAUGUAUAUUUGUACAAUAUCUUAAUUACCCUUUGGUUUGUAAUAAAGCAUUGAAUGGCAAGUCAAUAA